AAAGCUGUUGAUCGCUUGCAAGAGAAGAGACAAUAUUAUACAUAAGCGAAGAGUAAUUUUGUGUUAAAAUACAAACAAUUCUUCAUCGAAACGGUGUCUCCAGAGGUGUGUUCCUCUAACUUCUCGUAAGUGAAUCUCAUAUGAGAAGUAAUCUAUCGGUUUGUUGUGUGUGUUGUUGUGUUUGCAAAACAUUUGUUUGCAAUCAACUAUUAGACUAACUAACUAACUGUUUGAAGUGUCUGUAAUACUGCAAACACGUUGAACUUUGCGGACUUCUCUACCACUUACCCGAGUAUGGCGGGUACAGUGGAUGGUCUGGACCAGGACUCGGUGACCAACAAAUCUGCUUUCAUGGACAUCCAGCAACAGGCAGCAGCAGCCGGACUCACUAUGCCUCACCAUCAGGCAUACAGUUCCAUCAGUAGGUCAUACUCGGCUCAAAAUUCAGCUCACGAGGCAUUUGCCGGACAACAGAGAUCAUUAGGUGCUUAUCCUUUUGCUGCUAUGAAUAACUCACAACUUCAUAACACAUACUCUCAUCACACCGGACACCCAUAUCUCAGCACUUAUCCAACAAACGUGACUACAUGUGCUCCUUGUCCAUCACCUCCAAGAGAUGAUAAGAGUGGUCUGGAAGAGACACUUCGGGUGAAUGGAAAGGGAAAGAAAAUGAGAAAACCCCGAACCAUAUACUCGAGUCUUCAGUUACAACAAUUGAAUCGACGGUUCCAACGAACCCAAUACUUAGCACUACCCGAGAGGGCAGAGUUGGCCGCAUCGCUAGGACUCACACAAACACAGGUAAAGAUAUGGUUUCAGAACCGCCGGAGUAAAUACAAGAAGAUGUUAAAGGCUCAGCAAACAGGCAGUACUCAACCACCUCCUGGAGGCCAAACUGGUAAUUCUCAAUCAGGACAGACAGGUCCGGGUAAUUCAUCAUCGGCUACAUCAUUAGGACCGCCAACAGCCGCUUCAACUCCCCAAACACCACCCGAGACACCAGAAACUCAUUCGCCUCCUAGUGUAGGCCCUCCACCGGCAUUACUAUCGGUAGGACCGGGUGGUACAUCAGUGCCGGGAAGCAACUCUUCGAUCGCCACAGCCGUGAGUCCACCAGCAAUGAGUCCGCCCAUAACGGCCUGGGAUAUGGGUUCAGCAAAAGCGGCCGCAAUGUCUAACAAUUAUAUGCCUCAAUACUCAUGGUAUCACCACCAACACGACCCAUCUAUGAACCAACAAUUGCUUACAUAA